GAAUUCACCCUCCCACCAAGCUCCCUCCCGACCUAUCGCCCUUCUGCCCACCAUGUACAAACUGUAAUUCCGCGUGCUGUUGGCUCUCGCCGGGACCACCGUUGAACGCCUCGACGCUCCGCAGUUCGCUUUCAGAAAGCACCAUCAGGCGCACGAAGUUGUGUACACUCUCAGGAGUCUGGUGGAGAAGGCCAUUGAAUGGGACCAUCAUUUGUUCGUGUUGGACGGGGACCUGUUGUAGGCGUACGACUACACGCGCCACUCGGCAGUUCUGGCCGGUUUGGACGCGAAAUCGGUGCCGAAGAUCUUGUCCGCAGCUUGGCUCCGCGAGUUGGGGAAAUGCGGGUCCGUGUUCAGUCUAAGCGAAGACAUCUUUUCAAAGCCAAUCAAAAUGAAGGAUCCGUUCGCUGCUUCAGGGAGACCCAUCAGCCCCUUUCCUCUUCAACGUUGCUCUGGACAUCCCGGCCACAAAGUUUUGCAGACUGGCUGACAGCAGGGGCUGGGGGUACCAUUUGGACGGCGGGUUUCGUGUGUCAUUGAUCUUGUUUGCAGAUAACUUCUGGCUAUUCGCAUCGAGCCGCAAGCAGUUGGAAGAUAUGACGCAAGCAUGGUUGGACAUCCUUGCCGAGGCAGGCUGGGCUGUGCCGCUGGAUGAAAUCACUUGGUGUUCGACGCAGGAUGACAAUGCACCUGGCCAGGUGAACGUGCAAGGUACGAGAUUGCGGCGGGCUGCGCGGAACGAUGGUUUCAAAGUGCUCGGAACCAUCGUCACCUUUGACAACUCUGAUGAAGUGGAAUUACAGAGCAGAGUCUCCAAGGCAUGGAGGGCCUUCUACAAGUACAAACAUUUACUCUGCUGCCGUGGGGCGCCUAUCCGGGCGCGCUUGAAGCUCUUGCGUUCUCUCGUGUCUACGUCGCUCUUCUGGUGCAGUGAGACCUCGACACUGCGGGGGCUACAGGAAACGAUGCUCAGGAUGAUGAUGCCGCUCCGGAAGCGUCUGGCGGAGUCGGCCGAAGUGCUCAUGCAGCGAAUCGGGCAGAACAUAAAGCGAGUGAAGGAAGACUAUGCAUUCCGGGACUGGGGCGAAGUCUACUUCGAGCACGUUUUCACAUGGGCCAGUCACGUUGCAGGCCUGGGCGACUACGACAGCGACCGGGUGACGCACAGGGUUCUGGAGUACAGAAACUACAACUGGAUUUGGGACAGGGCCCGGCAAAACAAGGGCAACCAUAUGCAUGGACGCAAGGUCCGCGUCUGGAGGUGGGAGCACCGCGUGGACAAGCUCUUCAACCGUGGCGACUGGCAGGCCACAGCUCGCAGCAAGGCGGCCUGGCGGACACACCUUGAGAAGUUUCUCUCGCUCUGAGGGUAGUGCACACCGAUCUUUUCUCACUCUGAAGGUAAUCGCGCCGUAGCGUGUCUGCCGCGUGGCGUUGCUUUUGGAGCAGACACACGCUAAGCCUAAGCCUGAGCCCCAUACAACGGUUCAUUUCCGUUGAGGGAUUUGCCUCGUUGGAAGACAGCAUUUUGAAUAUCCUGAAGCGUGC